AUAUGUGUAUAUGUGUAUAUAUACUGUAUUUUGUUUGUUUAUGAUUUGAUUCAUGAUUAAUCUUAGAUUUUUUUCAAUUCAGUUAAGUCAUGUGAAAAUGUUGCUUCACGCUCAUAGUAUAUCCAGCCAUCAUAUAUAACAUAAAUUAUAUAAUAAAGAUAAAGAAUUGUUCAUUAUAUAUUUUACAAGAUGUGCUCAUAUUAUAUCUUGUUUUUAAACUUCUCUUCAUUUACAUCAAUAGGGCCCAUUGUAUGUGUCAGUUUGAAGUGCUAGCUGCACUAUUAGGGGCUGCGGCAUCAGAGGGUGAAGUAAAUAGUUAAAUAACCUACUUUUAUGAUAACAGUCUUUGGUAAAUUACAUUUUUGGGUGAUUGGUUUCCUUAAUUAAAUAAUGACAAACAUAUAAUUACGUACCUUUUGGAUUUUUUAUUAAUAUAUAUAUUUAUAUUUUUAUAAGUGUAUACAUUUCAAAGAUGGGCAAAUGUAUUGAUGGACUCUUUGCUUUAUUGUAUGUAAUAACCAUCUGUGAACAUCUAGUCAACAUUUGGUGACAUUGUGAUUUAUUAUUUCCAGAGAUACAUGUGAUAUUUACAUACCACUACAACAGUGGUAUUAGUGGAGUCUUUUAAUUCAUUGUCUGUGAGCAGCUCCACACUUUAUACUUGAUGACAUUACAAGUUUUACACUUCCUUCUCUGUUUUCUGGCUUUGAGAGAGCUCAUAUUCACAAACGUUGAUUGGACUUUACUAGGUAAUGGAAAUAACAUAUUGGAAUUCAUUCAUUGAGAUGGUGUUCCCCUUUAAGUCAGAUGAGCCCAAAAUACUACAGGGCAGCUUCACCGAGUUCAACCAAACGGGAAACAAAAUAAAAAGUUCCAUCGAGACCAGCUUUUGUGUCACAUGAAUUACAAAACAGAUGUGGUUUUUCAUUCUGUGUGUACUAGAUUUGUGGCAGAAAAAUGGGGGUGAGUUGAUGUAAUGACUGGACACGUGCCCUAUCACCUGUAAAAUAUAGAAAACAAAAAUAAUAAAAUUGCAGUUCAAGAAACAACUUAGGAGCAACUAGUUGAUGGCAUGUCUAAGGGUGCCAAGACAACAAACACAGAGAACAGUGAUUUAGUUGCUAAUUUUAGAUUCCUAUACCUUUUUACAACUGUCGAAAAAAGCAAACCCACCGUGUCAACUGUCUCUACCUCUCAUUCUCUCUACAUAAAGCUUUUGUUUCCAUACAUUUUCUUCUGUCUCUCUUUAAUGUCAUAAUCCUCUCUGUUAAUAGUUCUCCCUUUACCCCAUUCCUGCCCCCUUUUCAUCUUGAGCCAUUCAUUUAAAUGAUUGACCACAUUCUCCACUUAAACAUUAACCAGAGUGAAGCGGGCAAGAGUGGACCAGUCCUUGAAAGGCGGAGUUCUUCACCCACUGCAUGGCUUCCACUGCCGUCUGCAUUGACUGUCUGUGGCUCUUACUUGGUCCUGAGGCAAGAACCUGAGAUUAGCAGAUCCCAGUUUGUCCAUGGAAUAGGAGGAAGUAAUUGCAGUAGCAGUCAGAGUAUCUAACAGAACCACGUGUUCUGUAAUGGAGCAGUCAAAUCAUUUAAAUUCUCUGAGUCCUGCUGAGUUGAGGCUGUUAAUCAGGCAGGAGGAUCCCAGAAUAAGCACCACGACUGGAUUAGCUAAUGGCUACCAGCAAGCUAACGUCAUCAUCCUGCCCAAUCAUCUGGCCGAUGACUUUGAAGUUUUCUGUCGCAGAAAUCCCGCCCCCUUGCCACUCCUUUAUCGCAGCCAGUCAGGGGAGACUUCCUGUCCGCCUCUUGCGAGACAUGCUAACAUAAGGACAGAUAUUUCUCAAUACUAUGUGUAUGAAGAGGGUUGCCUGGUGAAAAGAGUCUCAAGUCUGCAGAGUUACAGUGCUCAGCCAAGGACUGCAUCAGAGCAGCAGGCUGCACAUCAUGGCUUAUGGUCAGACAUGGUCUGUUUCUAUCUGGGCUGCAGUUUUGGCUUUGAGGGCCAACUGAAGAAAGCUGGAGUCCCAGUCAGGAACGUGGAGCAGGGCACAAAUGUCAGCAUGUAUAGGGUAUGGAUCAAAUAUCUACCAAGCUGUAUGUGCUGCAAAUGAACUGAAACACCUUUUGUAUAAUUUACCUGUCGGAUAGGAUAGGACCCAAGUGCAGAUUAAACAAGCAGACAGGAUCAAUUCAGGGAUUUAUUGCAGCUAUAUAGGUUUACUGGCAGUGCUGCUAGAUUGGGCUGGUUUCCGCCCAGUUGGGCUACGUUUGAUUAAGCUUGGCUGGAAAAAAUAGCGUUGGGCUGGUAGAUGAAAUUUGGCGGGGUUUUAAAAAUAUUGUGAAAAUAACAUUAACAAACAAUUUUAUGGUCAAAAACACAUGUACUUAAUUUAGUCAACUUCACAUUCAAUAAAUAUUUGAUUGACGUGAGUUGUAUACAAUCUUUGUUAGGGAUAAAGGAGGAGCCACUUAUCUUGACAUGUAUUUUAUGUAUUUGGUUUUCUGACUGUUUGUGGGUUACGAUAGCCUAUUUAUCUAAUCAUAAUUUCUUUAUAGAGCUGAGGUCUACACUAGAGCGGCAACUAAAGAUUUAAUUAAAUUAUUGAUUAAUGCAUUUGGGUUUUGUUCCAAACAUGCCAGAAAAGAUUAAAUUGCACCACCAUUUUCUAAAGCCCAAGGUGAUAUUUCUAGAUCCCUUGUUUUGUCUAAAAACCAAAGAUAUACACUGUUUAAUGUAAUAAAAUAGCAGAUAAAAUAAAAUACUAGCUUAUGAGACCUGAAAUCCCAAUCAUCAAAAUAGUUGCUGGUUAUUUUUCUGUCAAUCAAUUGUUUAUUUAUCAACUAAUUGUUUCAGGUUUGUUAACAUUAUUUAAAACAGUGUAUUCACAUGGAAUACAAUCUAUCAGGACAUAAAUAGAGCAAGCUAAAUACAUAUAUUAUAUUCUCUCUCUCUCUUCAUAUAUAUAUAUAUAUAUACACAGUGGGUACGGAAAGUAUU